GUGUCCAAUGUAUGUGGUGGUGUUUUUUUGGCCUCAUAUGGUUGUUGGUUGAUUUAGUAGUACAUCCGUACUACUAUAAUAAUGUAAUGCAACCAAACAAUCAGUUUAAACUAUUGCAAGAUUUUGACAGAAAUUGUUCAGUUCAGAAGGUACUGUCUGUUAUUGAAGAACCUCAACCUCAUUAGUUAGAAUGAGAUCUUGUUCUUUUAUUUCUAUAUAUAUCAUUGUUAUUAUUAUUAUUGUUACUCCUUUACUCAUCUACCAUGCACAAGCACAAUCACAAUCACAAGGAAUUGACUCUAUUAUCCAACUCCCACGUUCCGGGUCAUCCCGAACCCGAACCCGAACCAGAUCCAGACGGUUUCUGUCCAUCGCUGAUUUUGGUGCCAGAGGUGAUGGUUUUCAUAAUGACACUCAGGCCUUCUUGAAGGUUUGGGAAAUUGCUUGUUCUCUCUCUGGAUUCAUCAAUAUUGUUUUUCCAUAUCAAAAAACUUUUCUUGUCACUCCAAUUGACAUUGGCGGACCGUGUCGAUCUAAGAUCACUUUGAGGAUCUUAGGAGCAAUAGUUGCACCACGAAACCCUGAUGUAUGGCAUGGUUUAAAUAAGCGCAAAUGGAUUUACUUCCACGGGGUGAAUCACCUUUCUGUAGAAGGUGGAGGGAGAAUAGAUGGAAUGGGACAGGAAUGGUGGUCCAGAUCUUGCAAGAUCAACACCACUAAUCCAUGUCUUCCUGCUCCAACGGCCCUGACUUUUCAUAAAUGCAAGAGUCUCAAAGUCAGAAACCUUACGGUGCUAAAUAGCCAAAAAAUGCACAUCGCAUUCACUAGCUGUAUGCGGGUUGUUGCAUCACGUCUCAAAGUAUUAGCACCUGCCUCCAGCCCUAAUACUGAUGGCAUCCACAUUAGUGCUACAAAGGGUGUUGAGAUUAGAGAUAGUCUAAUUAGAACAGGUGAUGACUGCAUCUCCAUAGUCAGAAAUUCUUCACGGGUCUGGAUCCGAAAUAUUUCCUGUGGUCCAGGUCAUGGCAUAAGCAUUGGUAGCUUAGGAAAAUCAAACGUAUGGGAGAAGAUUCAAAAUGUAAUUGUUGAUGGAGCUUAUCUUUACAACACUGAUAAUGGGGUGAGAAUCAAAACAUGGCAGGGUGGGAGUGGUUUUGCCUCCAAGAUCACAUUCCAGAAUAUCUUAAUGGAAAAUGUGUCCAAUCCAAUAAUAAUAGAUCAAUACUACUGCGAUUCACGACAUCCAUGCAAGAAUCAGACUUCAGCUGUUCAAGUGGGGAACAUAUCCUUCAUUAAUAUUCAAGGAACUUCGGCCACCGAAGAAACCAUUAAAUUUGCCUGCAGUGAUGCUUCUCCAUGCGAAGGACUAUAUCUGGAAAAUAUUUUUCUUCGAUCAUACUUUGGAGGAAAUACAAGAUCUUAUUGUUGGCAAGCUCAUGGUUCUGCUCAGGGUUAUGUGUACCCUCCUGUCUGCUUUUCGACAAGUAGUGAUUUAAUUAGACAGAAUGUCUUGUUAGAGCCAAAUCCUGCUAUUAAUUCUGUCUGAACAGAAGGUAUUUUGUACAUAAUAAAACAAGUAGUUGAACCCCUUGAUAUCUAUUUUAUAGGAUUCAAGGUCUUGUUAGAGUCAUAUGGUGAUUAGUGUCUGUAUUCAUAAUCCAUAUGAAUGCAUGCACUUGCAUUAUUGAAUUUGAACUAUUUUCUUGGUAGUGUUGUCUUUUUUUGGAUGUA